AUGGACACCCGCAGCGAUAGCCCUACGGACUCCAACCGGCAAGAGACCGGCAAAACCUCAUUCCUCAUCGAAGACAUCUUAUAUAGAGGUCAAAUAAAGCCCCAGGAAAGGAGGUUUGAUUAUGAAAGGGAGCCUAAGCCAUAUUUCCCGGUGCCGAGUGAAAUACGGCCCGUAGCUAGAGAGGGCUCGUAUCUGCAGGUCAUGGGCGCUUUAGGGGCGUAUCUACAUGCGCCUAAUACGUAUAAGACUGUGGAGGCUCCGUAUUUUCUGUCACAAGGGGUGCCGUAUCACGCUUUAUUCACGCCGUCCGAGCUCUCGUUGUCAGCCCUGAAGCACUGCCGACGGCGGAAGGCGCGGACGGUGUUCUCUGACCCACAGCUCACAGGUCUCGAGAAGCGCUUUGAAACGCAACGCUACCUGUCAACUCCGGAGCGCGUGGAGCUGGCGGGCGCCCUCAACCUCUCCGAGACCCAGGUCAAGACCUGGUUCCAGAACCGGCGCAUGAAGCAUAAGAAGCAGAUGAGGAAACAACAACAACGAGGGAACGCGGCAGUGGACUUUACGAAACACACACCUCAGCAGGCAGAAUGUAGAAAGACGGACGAGGCCCGACUAGCACACACGUCGGACUCCGAGAGCGAGCACAGCGAUAGCGACAUCGACAUCGUUGGCGAGACCAACUACACGCGGUACAACACGUAA